AGUUCUGUGUCCCUACUACUCCUGAAAGAGUAUCAGAUGUAUUCUCAUCCACAGACCCUCUAUCCGAAUUUCCACCUAAAUCGCUCCAAAGCCUUCGGCGAAAUUCCCCACAUCAUUAUAAUUCGAGCCAAAAUCAGAUGAAGAAUUAUUAUCGCCACACACAGGCCCUCCAUCUUCGAAAUCUUUCUGAGCUUAAUGAGCAAUUACAGAUAAAAGAGGCUGAUUUGUCUGAGCUUACAAGCAAGUGGUACAAAUCCAAUAUUAGCUCGAACCAUAGCAAUGUGGGAGAUUUUGUCGAAGGUUUCGGAGAGGAUUUAGGUGGAAACUCGGAACCCGCUCUAUUUCAGCUUUAUAGUUCGUUAUAUCCCGCCUCUAUAAAUGGAAUAUGA